AUGAAUAUAAAUCAAAAAUCAGUCACCAUUUUUGGAGUCUAUGCAAUUUCUGAUGACGAGCCGUAUCAUAAGAAGGACGAUUUCUUUGGAAAACUUAAUAAGGAAAUAACAAAAAUAGGGAAUGGAAGAGAACUUAUAAUCCUUGGCGAUUUUAACGGUAGAGUUGGACGAAGGACAAACCAUAAAGUAGUGGGCCCACAUGGAGAAAUAACUCUAAAUGAUAAUGGCGAAAGAAUAAUAGAAAUUUGUGAAAGUCACCUAUUAAAAGUCACAAAUGACUUUUAUAAGCACAAGGAUAUACAUAAAUACACUUGGACACAACCAACUAGGAAUCUAAAAUCAAUAAUAGACUACGUCAUAGUAAGACAACAAACAACACUUCAGAUAAAUGACGUACGGACAUAUAGAGGCAUUACAUGUGGAUCAGAUCAUUACUUAGUCAAAGCUAAAAUAAUAUUCCCAUUCAGACGUGACACAAGGGAGGAAACCAAUGGAAAUUAUGAGCAUACCGAACGUAUUGAAUCUAAGCGAUAUAAUCUGGAUAGCCUAAUAACCGGGAGUACCAGACAACUUUACCGUAAAAGAUUGGAUGAAAAACUGAUAAGUAUAACUCAGAACAACAGCGUUGAAGAAAUAUACGCAAAUAUUAUAAGCAGUGUUCACAGUGCAGCGGAAGAAGCUCUUGGAUUAAGAGUCCAGGUUCAAAGUAACAACAUAUGGUGGAAUGAAGAAAUAGAUUGCUUAAUUAAGGAAAAGAAAAACGCGUACAAAAAAUGGUUGAGUAGUAAACAACAACAAGAUAGAGACACAUAUCUAGAAGUUAAAAGAACAACAAGACAAAAAAUAAGAACUGCAAAACGAGAAAUAUGGGAUAAGAAGUGUCAAGAAAUAAAUACCUAUUUGGGAGGAAGGAAGUGUGCCGAGUCAUGGAAGUUCAUAAACAAAGUCAAAACCUCAGAAAAACAAACGGCCAAGCUACAAUUAAUACCAAUGAACAAAUGGAAGGAAUACUAUGAAGAACUCCUAACAGAAAAUAGGCAGGAAUACGCCACAAUAUCACCCACAUAA